CAUGUAGGUCUAGGUGACACAUACUGGUCAAUCCAGUUCAGCUGCUCCCUUCCAAACGCGUGACCGCGUUCCUGAAGUUUUUGUUAAUCUUGUCAAAAAAUUUGUUUAGGUUAUUUUUGUACACAUGUGAUAAUUUAUUAAAUUAAUAUGUGAUGGAUAUUUUAAUUUUAAAAUUUAUGAUGCUUGUACCAAGUUUUAUUGGAAAUAAUCAAACUUUCAUGGGAUGAAAACUUUAAAACAUCCUGUUUGAAACAUGUAUUUACGUGCUGUGUAAAAGGAAUUAUAAUAUCGUAUUCAUUAACCUAGACGAUUUUAGGCUGUUCAAGGUCUGAAAUAUUUACCUCCCGUGCUUUGGGCUCUGAAGGCCCAAGAGAAGUGAAGGAAAAUAUGGUUCAAAGGUAUUCAUGGCUGUUUUUUCUAUGCUUCUUGCUACCAAGGCUUGCAACUUCAGUAGAUAUUACUGAAAAUACCGAAGGAAUAUUGUGUACAGACUCAAAUAAUGGUAUUAACUUGCCUUGUCUGUGUUUUAAUGAUGAGAUUAAUGGAACAGAUAUUUUUUGUGAUGGUGUAAUAUUCCUUGGUGAUUUUCCUGUUCUCCCACACAGACACAAAAUACGUUCUUUCUCUCAAAGAGGUUCUGGCCUUCAGAGUCUAGAAGCUCAGCUAUUUACAGCAAGUGAUAUUCCUCUGCAAAAGAUUGAUUUUUCAAAUAACUUGUUGCGAAGAAUUACUGAAAGAACUUUCGAUGGAAUUGAGGACACCUUGAAAGAAAUAAAUCUUAGCAAUAAUAAGCUGGGUGAUCAACUGAAUGCUCUUUUUUCUACUGGAGAGUUUCAAAGAUUAACAAACCUCGAAAAGUUGGAUCUCUCAGGAAAUGAAAUAAAAGAGUUUCAAUCUGGAAUUUUCAAUGGAUUAACCAGUCUUAAGGAAUUGAAACUUGAAAAAAAUUUCAUCAUCACUGUACCAAGAUCGGUUAUACAAGGUCUGAAAUCAUUGGAAUCUCUUCAUCUUCAGUCAAAUUACAUUCUGGACAUUGGUGUUCAUUCUUUUCCAAAUCUCGCAAAUCUUCAGUUUCUGAACUUAAGUUCAAAUGAUAUUCAGAGUGUGCAAAACGGGGCUUUUAUACCGCUUUCCAAUCUGAAAUCUCUCAUAUUAUCAAAUAAUCAGAUGCAAAAUUUAGAUUCAGGAUUUCUAGAUGGUCUUCACCUCUUAGAAUACCUUGAUUUGUCACAAAAUUUGUUGGAAAUUUUACCUUUAGAUAUUGAUGCAAGCCCAUCUCUCAGAACAUUAAUCUUGUAUUCAAAUAAGAUCCGAUCUUUAAGUCGUAUUCCUUUAAAUAAAUUCAAAUCGCUUGAAUAUUUAGAUCUUCGACGGAAUAGAAUUUAUGAAAUACCACCUAAUGCAUUUAUUCAUUUGAACAAUCUGAAAGAGCUCCAUUUAGAUAUAAAUGCUGUUAGAAAAAUAACCAAUGGAAUGUUCGUAGGUUUAGAGAAUCUUUCCGAUUUAACAUUGAAUGAUAACAGAAUUUUAGCAUUUCCAUCGGAGCCUUUGAAUGUGUUCAAAAAUCUAAAGAAGCUGAAUUUGGAUUAUAACAGAAUCGCAGCAAUUUCUAAAGAAAUUUUGGCACCUGCAAAUAAAAAUAAAGAACUUUCACUUGCAUUUAAUUUGAUUAGUGAAAUACCAGAUGGUACAUUUAUGGAUUUCAAAAACUUGGAAUUGCUUAAUCUUCAUGGGAAUAAAAUUAGCAAUUUUUCUAACAGUAAAACGGAAGGAUUAGCUCAUUCCUUGUUAUUCUUAGAUAUAGGUUAUAAUGAAAUUACUGAACUGCCAAAGCUUCCUUUUUCGAAUCUACUGAUCUUUUCGAUUGCCAAAAAUAAAAUAUCUCGAAUCAGUACAGACAAUUUUGCAUCAUUGACAAAGAUUAUAUACUUGAAUGCAAGUUAUAAUAUGCUUUCUGAAUUUUCUCCCGAUUUAUUUAUAAGUCUUGUGAAUAUGGAGAAUUUAGAUUUACAACACAAUCUUUUAACUCAGAUUCCAUCUGGUGCCUUUAAAGGUUUGCCUGUAAUUGAAAUAAAUUUAAGAAACAAUCUCCUUCCAGAAAUAAAUGAAAAUGCCUUUGAAGACCUAAUGAAAUUAAAAAGCUUAGAUCUAAGUUUUAACAAAAUUGAAAGAAUAUCCGUAAAUGCAUUUAACAAUUUACCAAGUUUGGAAACUUUAUAUCUUAAGGGAAAUGUUCUUUCUGCUUUUAGAGGUGAUGAAAUAUUAGGUAGUACAGAUUUACGUACUCUUAUUUUAAGUAAUAACAAGAUUAAUAACCUUUACUCAAAGACUUUUACUUUGCUUUCCAAAAUUGAAUAUUUAGAUCUGAGUUUCAAUGAACUAACAUUCUUCCCCCGUGAAGCUCUCAGCAGUCUUGCAUCUUUGAAACGAAUAAUUCUUCAGGGUAAUAAAUUGAAUGCUAUUGGUGAUGGCUAUUUUUCAAAUAUGCCUCAUUUGAAACAAAUUGAUCUUCAGAAUAACGUAAUUGAAUCUGUGGGAGAGUUUGCAUUUCAAAAUUCUUCGAAUUUGAGAAAAAUAUUUUUACAAGAUAAUCGAAUCUCAGCCCUUCAUGAAAAUACAUUUGUUGGCUUAAAUAGAUUGGAGUUAGAUCUAAGCAAAAAUAGUAUUACUAGUUUCCCUAGUAAUAUCUUUUCCCGAGCUAAAGGUUUGAAACUUGAAAAAAUAAAUAUAGCAGAAAAUAAUAUACGAGAUUUCCCCAAUGAAGCUUUGAAAAAACAAUAUUCGUUUUUAGAGAAAGUGAAUAUUUCACAUAAUAAUAUUAGAAGUUUGCCUUCUAAUGCUGAUGUGUUAGUUAACAUAAAAGAAUUAGAUCUUUCUUAUAAUCCACUUUUGCCAGAUGCUCAUUAUGUGCUGUUUGGAGAGCCUAAAAGUGUGAGGAAAUUGUAUGUCCAAGGUGUGGAUCUAUCGCAUUUGCCUAUCAUUGAAUGUCCUUUCUUGAGGCAUUUGAAUGUGAAUGGAAAUAAAAUAUCACAAGUAAAUAACAACGCUUUUGACCGAACUAAUAUGCUUACUAAUUUGGAUUUGUCCCAUAAUAUGAUAACAGACAUUGCUACAAAUGUAGCUCCUGCUUUGAUGAAACUGCCGUAUUUGCAAGAGUUAGAUUUAUCUGGAAAUCCCAUUAGACGUAUUUCAAAAACUGAUUUUAAUCGCUUCUUUCAUUUAAGACAUCUUAAAAUUUCCAAUUUGAAAGAUGUUAGUGAAAUUAAUUGUGAUAGUUUGCAUAAUCUGCCUCGCCUUCGCCAACUUCGAAUGUUUGGUUUUCAGUACUUGCAACAGAUUAAUAUUAAGCAGUGUCUGCAAAACAUGACUAGUUUAGAUGUGCUGGAAAUUGAAAUGAUAGAUUCGCAUUUGAAGGAUCAGCUACAAGCUAUAUUUUCUCCAAGAUUAGAUACUCUUUCUGUUAGAGGUCGACGCUUGAGAUCAGUUUCAACUAGUGCAUUUGCUGGUAUGCUCAGUCCUUUAAUAAAAAUACAGCUUACUGAAACGUCAAUUGAUACUUUUACUGAUAAAAUUUUUCUUCCUCUACCUCUUUCUUCAAAAAUUGAGUUUGAUAUUUCAAACAAUAAGAUUCAACGUUUAACUCCAGAAAUGCUGUCGAUUCUGGACAAUAAACAAGUUGAUAUUAUUGUACAAGGUGUCAAUUCAAAUCCCAUUAACUGCGAUUGCAAUAUUCAUUUCUUCUGGCAGUGGCUUCAUGAUAAAACGAAUGCAUCUGUUAACAGACAUCAAGGAUAUGGUAUGCUAAGCACAUUAAUGUGCUCUGGCCCAAGUAGAUUGAAAAACCAAAAGAUACAAGACCUGAAAUUGGAUGAUUUAAUUUGUGACGAAUCCUCAUCUUUUAGAAGCACUGAGACAACUUCUGAUAUGUCUACAUUUACUACGUCUGUUGUGAAAGAAACGACUUCAAACAGAGAACAUCCAUUUAUUAUAUUUGAGCAGCCAGUCACAAAAAAACCAUCAGUGCCAUUUUCAUAUGUUCCUGCCAGUGAUACUCGUAGUACUUUGACCAAAGUGGAUACUAUGAUAAUUGGUAUUGUAGCUGGAGUUGUUGCUUUUGUUUGCAUUCUUAUAAUUAUAAUUUGUAUCAUUCGGCUUCGUCGAGCUCAUCCACUUUAUACUGCUGGACCUUUGGCUGGACCAUUAGCUUUUCGGGCACAAGGAAAAUGUACUUGCUUGAAACCUCCUCCAAAUAACUGCACUUGUUACCCCAUGUAUUCUUUACCUUACGCUGGUCGACCAUCUUUGUUGCCAAAUUCACAGCAUAAAAUGCUACCAUCAUCACUACCUCCUCCGCCUGAUUUUUUGACUACUGGGCAAUCAGGACGAUUAAGAAACACACCAUAUUUUGUUACUUAUCCUGACAGUGAUAAUGAGAAUAAAUAACCAGCUAAAUGGUAGUUAAUAUUUAAAAA